CUCACCCAGCAUUGAAAUAUUCUGUAUGGACGUACAGGCCAUACAUUUCAUUUCCGUUCGUUAACCAUAAACAAUUCCUUUGUCAAGUUAAACCGGAACCAAACUCCCCCUUCCUCCCCCCUCCCUUCCAGGAUCUGGAGGUAUCAAAGGUCACAACCUGCGUCUCGUUUCUUCUUUGAUCAUCCCAAGUACCCUACAGUUCAUGCUCCAUCACUCCUCCAUGUAGCUGAAGGGGAAAAUUCUUGCAAGAACAUCACUUCUCUAUGUAGAUUAAAGGGAAAUUCUUUCAAGAAGAAAAGAUGGCAGAAAGGGAGAUUGGCAGAACAGCCCCCCAGGAGCUUCUGCAAUCACCUGUGCUUGUGCUACAAAACCCCGUGAAAUCACUGCAUCAGGACCACCAGCUUCUUUUGGUAUUGGCAUUCGUUAUAUGUAUUAUUAUACAAGUGGUCUUUGGGUCUGAAGGAAUGGUGGUGGGAUUCGUCUUUACACUUGAGACAGGAAUGCUCUUAUUGGUUAUCAUACUGGAUUUAUUAAUAGUGUGGCUGUACUGCACAAAGUCCACGUUUGCGGAUCUGAAGACCUACUUGAGAACUAUUGCUGUAGUGCUUCAAGAUUAUGCACUCUUAGUUACGCUCAACCGAAAGUAUAUGGAAAUUGCCAUCAUUCCGUUGACGGUGUUUGCCUUCAUUUAUGCACUUGCCAGCAAAGUUAGCAAGUACCCAAGGAGGAAAGUUUCCUUGAUGAAAGGCCUCACAAAGAGUGCAAGGGUGCUCAAGGAAAUGGCAAUGGUGCCUUAUUUGUUACAGCUGUCCUUGGUGGUAUGGACUCAAUAUAAGGGACAAGUACAAGGCAAUAUAUUUGUCUUCUCCAAUUUUCUUCUCUACCUGAGUUCGGCAAUGUGUGCACUAACAGUGAUGAUAGCCUCACCGCCCAUUGGAGUCAAUCCUGGCGUGAUUCAGGUGCUACCGGCGAUGCACAAGACGUGUAUUGUGAUGGUGAUGAUGACAGCUCACUCAAUGGCCGCAGAAUGGCUAGGAGAGGACAUGGUAUUUGCUUGCAUGCCGGAGCUUACUUCAGUGCUUGCAUGGUUCAGUAUCUAUUGUCAUCAUCCAGAGCACGUGGCGAGCAUAAACAAUACCACGUCGCACGGAUCGAUGUUCAUCGUUCUCAGCUCAGUUGGAGCUAUUCUGGCGUGCCUGACCUCCUUUUAUGGAGAGGACAUUGUAGGUCUCAGGUCCUGGUUCGUAAGGGUGCUUUGUAUCUCUUGCUCUUCGUCGGCUCUAUCUUACCUUGACGUGUGGCUGAUAGAUCAAUGGCCAGCUGCAACUGCAAGAACACCAAACUGUAACGGAGGACUAGUCCAAUUGCUCAAGUUUUCCUCAGUAAUCAGCUCUUGUGUGUCAGCAUGCAUGUUGUGUGCUGAUCAACAUAUCUGGCAAGAGGCCGUCAAAUGCAUAAUCAUUGCUACAGCACCCUUUCGGGCGCUCGUAGCAUCUGAGCUUAUGGUUAAUUUUUUUUGGGGAUGCUCUAUGUCAAUGCUGGUCAUAAUGCUAGGCCUGCUCGCUAAAUGGCUGACAGAUAUUGAGAUCAAGAAAAGUGCAAGUUUGACUCGCCAGAUGAGUAUGAGGAUGGACCUCGAUGUGGUGGAUAAAAAGCUCGAGAAGCUACAGCUGCAGAAUCCUGUCUCCAUGGACAUCUCCUCCUUCCGUGCCGCAGUCAAACGCAUGCGCUCGGCUUCGCACGGGCCCUCGUUUCGCAAGCUUGUCGAGGACAUCCAGGAUUGGCUUGACCUCCUUGAUCAACGUGUCGAAGUGGUGACGGUGCACAGCAGCAACGUCAUCAACGAUUGGUCUGAACCCUCGACACAAUGCUCUGACAACAAGAAGGGCAACGCCGCCGCGGGACAUGCCAUUGACGCUAGCGAAGUUAUCCAGGAUGGGUAUGAAUUCUCGGCUCAAUGCUCCCACGACUACGACGCCGCCGCGGGACAUGCCAUUGACGCUAGCGAAGUUAUCCAAGAUUGGUAUGAAUUCUCCGCUCAAUGCUUCGACGACUACGACGCCGCUGCUGCGACCGCGGAGCAUUUCUAUGAACUCCAGUCGCGCGUGGAUGAGGUGACCGAAGAUUGGAAUAUGGCGCCACCGUCCGUCAAGCCCCAGCUGACCGGGCUUUACGACAAGGACCAACAAGCGACUUGUCUGGAGAAGAUAUUGGCUGACAGGGGCUUGAACCGACCCGAAGUGCUUUGUAUCUUUGGGGUAGCCGGCGCUGGGAAGGCGGAUCUUGCCUUGGAGGUGUAUAAGCGGAUCAAAUUCCAGUUUGAUUAUCACUUGUCAGUGUCGGCGGGCCAGAACCCAGACAUGGUCAAAUUGAUCAAGAAUAUGAUAAAACAAGUGGAUAACGAGUACAUAAUAGCAGCUAGUGCUGCUGACGAUGUGAAGCAGUUGACACAAAUUCUGAGGCAGCUCUUGCAGGAGCAGAGGUAUUUGGUUGUGCUUUAUGAUUUAUGGAGUAAUAAUGACUGGAGGACAAUGGAGUCUUGUUUUCCGCAGGACGAUUACGGUAGUUGCAUAAUUAUCACGACAAGAUUUGAAGAUGCAGCAAAGGCCGCCGGUGACCACUUUUGCUGGAUUCCUGCUCCUGUUGAAGCCGAGGUGGAAAGUUUGUUUUCUGGAAAAAUUUCUAAAAGUUUGAGUGGCGUUUUCGCCAGCAAGCCGCAAGAAAAAAUUGAUGCAUUUGAGAGGUCAGGACUAAAAUGGAUGGAACUUGAAUAUAUGAAGCAAUUCAUCACGGUUAGAUACAAUGGCCUAUCUGCAGAUCUCAGGGCAUGUUUGUUGUACCUAAGUAUAUUUCCAGAGAAGCAUGAAGUUGAGAUAGAACGUCUUGUGAGGCUAUGGUUAGCAGAUGGGUUCAUCAGUGGACAUGAUGGCCCAUUCACGGAGGAAACAGCAAGAAGCUACAUUGAUCAGCUUAUUGCCAGAAAGCUAAUUGAGAAGUCAAGCCAAGACCAUGAUGGCACCCUUAGAAGUUGCACUGUUCAUCCACUAAUACAUGAAUUUAUUUUUUGCCAGGCCACGGAAAAUAAAUAUGUCAGUUUGGUAUAUGCAGAGCAACGAGAUGUCUCACCCAGCAACCCCACUGUCCGAUGGCUAUCUUUGCAGAACAGUAUUUUUCCCCCGAAAUGGAGGAAAAUCCUCUGGCCUUUAUAUCAACUGAUGCACAUAUUCGAUUUAUUGCAAAGCUUUUAUAUGCAGAAAAAUAUUACACCAGCCGGAAAUUAUGGAGCGGACUUAUCUCGUGUUCGCUCAGUCGCCGCCUUUGGUCAAGCUAGUGACAUACCUCCUCUGACUGAGCUAAGAAAACUGCGAGUGCUGGACCUCAAAGACUGUAAAGGUCCAUUGUGCCUAGACGGCCUCUGUGAAUUGCUAUUUCUGAGGUACUUGAGCCUUAGGGGAACAGAUGUCAGUGAGCUCCCGUUACAGAUUGGGGAACUGAUAUACCUGCAGACACUGGACGUGAGAUCCACAAAGGUAAAAAGCCUACCUCCCAGCAUAGUCAGACUGGGGAAUCUUAUGCAUUUACUGGCUGGAAACGCCGAGUUGCCCCUUGGGAUAAGGAUGAUGAAGGUUCUGGUAACACUGUCGUACGCCGGUACCAUGAAGAGCUCUGCGACUGCAAAUAUCAAGGAGCUUGGUGAAAUUGCCACCUUGAGAGAGCUGGAAUUAUUUUGUGCUGUUACUCAAAGGUCAUGGGAUAUUUUCCUACCAUCAAUCCUCAAAAUUGAAGCACCAGUAGCAUUUACAAGUGAUGGGUUUCAGAGUCUUAAGAAGCUGAGCAUUCAGUGCAGCUUUACAUAUGUGAUCUUUGAGACCGGUGCCUUGCCAAAGGUCCAUGUGCUUGAACUAAAGUUCGACAAAGGAGUUCCGGGGGAGUCCGCUGCUGUGUCUGGCAUAGAGCAUCUGCUAAGCCUGCAGCAUGUACUCCUCGAAUUUUCGAAACAUGGUAGAGGCAACGCUGCGACCUUUGCUGCAGUAAGGACGGCUGCAGAUAUCCACCAUAAACAUCCAGAUGUACAUGUACUUGGUUAUAAGGGUGAAUAAUAUGGUUUUGGAGCAUUGUGUCAGUUUGUAUCGCCGAAUGAGUGAUUUGCUCCACCAUUUUAUCAGUACAAACAAUGGAAGGUAUUUUUUUCAUUUGUAAGUUGUAUAACAUAAUUUUACAAAGGUGAUGCAUAUAUACACAUUUGACUUCAAUAGACCCUUAGAAUGAAAGGUUUUUCUGA